CCGACCAGAAGCCGAGUACGGAAGUGGGAAGCGGAAACGCCACUGUGCGGGCUCAGGGUUCCGCCUGUGGACAGCUCGCCGGUCGGGUUCUUCUGCUGACACCAUUUUAGCCUUUCUGUACACCGCGAAGUCGGGGAAAGAUGGCUGGACGGCUACCGGCGUGUGUUGUGGACUGCGGUACAGGGUGCAAUUCUUUUUCUCUUGCAGUUACACCAAACUGGGGUACGCAGGGAACACAGAGCCACAGUUCAUCGUUCCAUCAUGCAUUGCCAUCAAAGAGUCAGCUAAGGUUGGAGACCAAGCUCAACGGAGAAUGAUGAAGGGGGUGGAUGACUUGGAUUUCUACAUCGGAGAUGAAGCGGUAGACAAGCCGACAUAUUCCACAAAGUGGCCAAUACGUCAUGGGAUUGUAGAAGACUGGGACCUAAUGGAGCGCUUCAUGGAGCAAAUCAUCUUCAAGUACCUUAGGGCUGAACCUGAAGACCACUACUUCCUCCUGACGGAGCCUCCUCUGAACACACCAGAAAACCGUGAAUACACAGCAGAGAUCAUGUUUGAAUCCUUCAAUGUACCAGGGCUGUACAUUGCUGUGCAGGCCGUGCUUGCUCUCGCAGCCUCAUGGACGUCCAGACAAGUAGGCGAGAGGACAUUGACGGGCACUGUUAUUGACAGUGGUGACGGUGUAACCCAUGUCAUCCCUGUGGCUGAAGGUUAUGUUAUUGGCAGCUGUAUAAAGCACAUUCCCAUCGCAGGGCGAGACAUUACUUACUUCACCCAGCAGCUGCUAAGAGAGAGGGAGGUGGGCAUCCCACCAGAGCAGUCACUGGAGACAGCCAAGGCAGUCAAGGAACGGUUCAGCUACGUGUGCCCAGAUCUUGUCAAAGAGUUUAACAAGUAUGACACAGACGGCUCCAAGUGGAUUAAGCAGUACACCGGUAUCAACGCCAUCAGCAAGAAAGAGUUCACUAUUGAUGUGGGAUACGAGCGAUUUCUGGGACCUGAGAUCUUCUUUCACCCAGAGUUUGCCAACCCAGACUUUACCCAACCUAUCUCUGAGGUUGUCGACGAAGUCAUUCAGAACUGUCCUAUUGAUGUCAGGCGUCCUCUCUAUAAGAACAUUGUUCUAUCUGGAGGCUCCACCAUGUUCAGGGACUUUGGUCGCCGUAUGCAGAGAGAUUUAAAGAGGACUGUUGAUGCCAGACUGAAGAUGAGCGAGGAACUGAGUGGAGGCAAACUUAAGCCCAAACCAAUUGAUGUCCAAGUUAUUACUCAUCAUAUGCAGAGAUAUGCUGUCUGGUUUGGCGGAUCAAUGUUAGCAUCAACGCCCGAGUUCUACCAGGUUUGCCACACCAAAAAGGACUACGAAGAGAUUGGGCCAAGCAUCUGUCGCCACAAUCCUGUGUUUGGAGUCAUGUCUUAACUAAAUCUAACAGCAUUGGGGUGGGUGACAGGGAGGGUUCGGGUUUGACUUGUUGUCAAGGACAGGUUCAGGAAGUGGAAAGAGGUGGUGCUCUUGAGGCAGCCCAGAGAGCAAAGGACUGUUUUUCUUUUCCCUUUUUGCCUUUUGUUUUUCAAAAUGAGGGAAAUGGUUUUACAGUUUUACAAACCCGUUUGCUGAUAUUUUUUGUUUCUUCUAAGUAACAUGCAGUGAAUGGUGAGGAUGGUGAAGUGCAUGAUUGUGAUGAUCAGGGGUUGGUGGACAGCUUGAAUAAUAAAGCCUUUACAUCUUCAAGGUGGGAGUAUUUCUGCUAAGUUUAAAACACAGCUUUGUCUGCAUCUCUCCUUUCUAGCUCCAAAAUACACUGUGCAUCUCUAGAAGAGCUUGUUUAUAUUACAUGCCUUUUUUAAUUGUAAAUCCAGGAUGAAAUCAAGGGUUAAAAAAUAGACUGUUUCAUCUGAUGGUGCAGCUUUGAUACACAGUAUUUUCCAAACUUUACUUCAGUCUCCCAAUUCUCCCGUGUGUGUCAGUGUGGUGUGCUAAUUUCUCAAGCAUUGAAUCAUUGAAUGCUUUCACUUCAGACAGUGGCAGGUUUCCACCUCUAUGAUGCAGGGAAAGAAAACAAGAAUUUGACAUUAGAACGAACCAGUUGAAUUCAAAUGACUGUGAGACCAGUAUUAUUUGAUCUUUUUUUUUUUUUUUUUUAAAUACCAAAUUAUUCAAAGAAUGGAAUUUGUGUAUUUAAUGCCUUGCUACAUUCCAAUAAAGGCGUGAAUUGGUUUCUUAAAACUGCAGUUUCCUGUACUUUAUUUUCAGUCAUCCUACUAACGUGUCACAGUAAAGUUUGAUUUAAAGCUUGGGGUAGUCUUUGUAAACUAUUCUUUAAUUGCCAAAAACAAUUUGAAAUGUGGACUCGUAGGACCACAGAACACUUUUCCACUUUGCGUCAGUCCAUCUUAGAUGGGCCCAGAGAAGCCGGCGGCGUUUCUGGGUGUUGUUGAUAAAUGGCUUUUGCUUUGCAUAGUAGAGUUUUAAAUUGCACUUACGGAUGUUGCGCCAAAGAGUAUUUACUGACAUUGGUUUUCUGAAGUGUUCCUGAGCCCAUGUGGUGAUAUCCUUUUCACAUUGACAUCUAUUUUUGAUGCGCUGCCGCCUGCGGGAUCGAAGGUCACGGGCAUUCAAUGUCGGUUUUCGGCCUUGCCGCUGACAUGCAGUGACUUUUCCAGAUUCUCAAAACCUUUUGAUGAUAUUGUGGACCGCAGCUGAUGAAAUCCCUAAAUUCCUUGCAAUUGUACAAUGAUGAACAUUGUCCUUAAACUGUUGGACUAUUUUCUCACGCACUUGUUCACAAAGAGGUGAACCUCGCCCCAUCUUUGCUUGUGAAUGAAUGACUGAGCAAUUCAGGGAAGCUCCUUUUCUACCCAAUCAUGGCACCCACCUGUUCCCAAUGAGCCUGUUCGCCUGUGGGAAGUUCCAAACAGGUGUUUGAUGAGCAUUCCUCAACUUUCGCAGUUUUGUUUUCCACCUGUCCCAGCUUCUAAAUUAAUGAUUAUUUGCUAAAACAAUAAAGUUGAUCAGCUUGAACAUUAAA